AUGGCAGAGAAGCUAGGCAUUGCUGGAGCCUUGCAGCGCCCUACUACUUCAAUCAUGUUUGGAGAUGCAACUUCUAAGUCUCCUCUUGGAGUGUUCAAGAACUAUCACUUGAAAAUUGGAGAAUGCAUCAUCCAAACUGAUCUCACUGUGAUGGAGAUGGAAGAAGAGAAGGAUCUACCUCUGUUAUUGGGAACCCCUUCCUUACCUAGAGGUUCAGACUUUUGUGCCACAAUUGACAACACUCUCAGUUCUAAGAGUCAUGAAGCUACAAAGAUUGUGAAGGAAAGGGUUGACAAAGAACCAAGAGUUGGGAGAUAA